CAGACCCAAAAGUAUGCCCACGUCAAGUAGCAUUUUGCAGAAGUUCCUCAGAAACAGUGUCGCCUUCGAAAAGUCUACCAAGUUGGCACUUGUGGUACGCGGAGAUGUUAAAAUGUCGAAAGGCAAGACUGCGGCUCAGUGCGCGCACGCAGCGGUCAUGUGCUACCAGAGCGCAACCCAAGGCACCAAGCUGCAGAACGCAAUCUUACAGCGUUGGUGCAGGCUAGGACAACCAAAGAUCGUGCUACGCGUAGACAACUAUGAGGAGCUCAGCACCCUCGAGCGACGUGCCCACGAGUCGAACGUAGUGGCCGCCAUGGUGCGGGACGCUGGACGCACGCAGCUAGAGUCCGGAACGGCUACAGUACUUGGCCUUGGACCUGCACCUGCUGAUGAACUUGACAAACUAGUGUCGCAUCUGAAGCUUUUGUGAAUUUGUAGGUUUACGCAACGUUGUAAUUAAACUAAAUAUAACAAAAAUGUUUGAAGCACAAAUUUUAA